CCCAUUUGCCAGUGAGCUGCUGCUGCCGCUCGCCUGAUUGAUAUAUGACUGCAAUGGCACUUUUCCAUUUGACAUUCUCUCUCCCUCUCUCACUCCCUCUCUCUCGCUCAAACAACAGCCCUAACUUUUGUGUGUUGCAAAUAUAAAAGGCAAGCCAUGUGACAGAGGGACAGAAGAACAAAAGCAUUUGGAAGUAACAAGACCUCUCUUUCGCUCUCAGAAGAGUGUGAGGAAAGGAAGGAGCGGCACAUUUUCCAAAGGCUUUUUUGGGGGGGUCAGGACUGUAAUUGAUGUCAUUUUUGUUCCAGCCAUGUAGAAGAUUCUUUGAUGGAUUACAACCUCAACAAAACUCCAACUUAAAAAGAACAAUGACAACCAAGAGACUUAAACCAGGUUUUUCACCUUCCUUGAAAAGAACUGGGUUUCAAUAUUUAGAAGUUUUUUAAUACUCUACCUCCCUCUGCUGUUAUUACUGAGAAAUUCUUCAGCAAUGGGAAACCAGGUACUAGCAGCUUCAAUUUCCAUGCUCUCCCUUCUGGCAAUAAUGGGAGACACAGACAGUAAAACAGACAGUUCGUUUAUGAUUGAUUCAGACCCAGGUCGCUGUAUGAGGCAUCAUUAUGUUGAUUCCAUCAGUCAUCCACUGUACAAGUGUAGCUCUAAGAUGGUGCUGCUGGCUCGCUGCGAGGGACACUGCAGCCAGACAUCACGCUCUGAGCCGAUGGUCUCCUUCAGCACAGUUCUAAAACAACCAUUCCGUUCUACCUGCCACUGUUGCCGGCCUCAGACCUCCAAGCUGAAAGCAAUGAGGUUGCGCUGCUCAGGUGGCAUGAGGCUCACUGCUACCUACCGCUACAUCCUGUCUUGCCAUUGUGAAGAGUGCAACUCCUAGGGGGAAACGCAUUGCACAUGAGGAGAGGGGGGACACUGCUGGAUGAAAGGGAUCCCAGAAAGCAACCCCAGACAUGGAGAUCUUGCCAGGACACUAUUACAGUAUUUCUACUACCACGGCUCUUCAAGCUGGACUGGAUUUGAGCCAUAGAAAAUGAGAGGCCCUGGGGCCCUGGAUUGCGCUGAUAGUGUGAACAAAGACAUCCCUCUGCUGGUCUGUGCUGAAGACAUAACCCUGGUGACGUGAACAGGCCCACCAACAAGGAGGGGGACAAAAGGGGCAAUUGCCCCAGGGUCUGGCAAGUCAAAGGGAUCGAGGGCUCCUGGCUGCUGCUGGUGCUACUGAAGCAGGGGUGGUGGCCGGAGCUCUGGGCCCUUUAAGUCACCACUGGAGUGCCCCACAGCAUGCUCCGGGCAGCAUUGAGGGCUGGGCAGGGCAUGUGUGCCACACUCCAGGUGGUGGCUGCCCUCAGCCCCGCCCCUUCCAAGAGCUCAGAGCAGACCCUCCCCUCUUGUCCUAGAGCCUGCGCAGGCUGUCGGCUCCUCUGUAUAUGAACCUUUCUUUCUGUAAGGUUAUUUUGGCGAGGGGGAGGGGUAAUAUUUUCAGCCUUUCUUCUGCUCUGAACAAGACCAAAUGAGAGGUGUUCCCCCCACCCCCACGAACAAUAAAGACACCCAGAGAGAACUACAGGGUCCGUAUUGCUGGAGAUACUAUAUUCUAGACAUUUUGGAAGCAGGAUGGUUCAUUCCUGCAUACGAUUGCUCAUUGUAUCACUUUAUUCUCAAUCCCUUAGUUAUCUUACCCUCCAAAAUGAAUUGCAUUGAUGACAACGAAUAUAUGUUACUUGAUCUGGCAGACAAGUGCUGGACAAUUUUAACUGUGGUUUAGCUGAAAUUACAAAUAAAUAAUUGAAAAGUGAACUGGCUAUUGAAUGAAGCAUGGGAGUUGUCCAGCCCUAGACAGUUGAAAUGAUUUUUUGUAGUUGGAUUGCAUCUCAGCUCAUUGGUCGAAUGACAUUUAGAAAGAAAAAGGUCAUGCAUUUCACUCUUUCUUCUCCAACAUCCUGCGGGGGAUCAUUACAGCCAGACUGUAGCUGUCAUAAUGCACUAAUUAAAAACUAGAAACUAAGACUGCUUUACAAUUUAAAAAUGGAUCCUCUUAAAUGGAGUCCCAUCUUAAACGGGGCUGGCCUCAUGAGGCACAGAACUCAGAGCUGGCAAAGCAACAACAAUAUAUAAGAAAAACAUUUAUCCACAGAUCUCAAAGUACUUCAUCCAAAGAGAAUAAAUAUCACCAUCCCCUGUUUUAAAGAUAAGGAAUCUGAAGCACAGGGGCAUUAAUUGACAUGCCUACAAUAGUCCAUGGCAGAGCCUGAAUCCCAGCUCGUUUAUGCUUAUUCUCUGCAAGGAAGGAUCUGACCACAAGUUGCCUUCCCCUUUAGGGCAACUGCUAUACAAGGAAAUAGGGUUAGCCAAGAGUUACAGAGCUUGCAUAGCCUAUACAGAGAGGCAAUGUGUGUGUGUAACACAUGGGGGUUCACAUGCUCCCCCCCCAAAAAAAGUACUGCUUGGCUUGUACUGAGCAUGCUCACAUGGACUGAGCACACUCAGUAACUUCAGCUGAAGUCACUGCCCUCACUGUGCCACCCCCCCCCCGCCACUAUUGGCAGACAUGCACAUUUUAAAAAAACAGUGCACCCAAGCUGCAGAUUACUUUAAUCAUUUAGCAUUUGGGGGGUCAGCUGAACAACAAAUACCCAGAGCCUUCUACAAAAUGGAAACUAUUUGAAAUUUAUAUGGAUUUUGGCUUAUUUUAGUGGUGCUAUAUUCAGUAGGAUGGAUAGUCAAUCUCCUACAGAAGCUCUUCCCUGCAUCCAGAUCAAUCUGAACAGGUGUUUCAUGUAAGAAAGUCAAAGCCAAAAAAGAAGAGAGCUCUUAAGUGCUUCCUCCAUGGCUCAUAAUGCCAAAUUCAGCCCAGCUUCAAAUCUUCACCGAUACCCACAUGGAAUAUGGCUACAAUCCAAUAAGUCACUCCAGAAGUCAGCUGGACGUCACUGCACAAUGAUGAAUAGAAAGAUAGAGGCUGGGGUUGGGAGUGGGUAGACAAGCCCAGAAUUCAGCCCAUCUGUUGUGUGCCAUCUAAACUGUCUUGAACAAUUACCUUAUAUAGCAGCCAAGCUUUUGGCAGUUAUAUCAUGGGGAUUCCAUUAAGCACAUUCAAGUGUCCCCAGCAUCUCUGGGGGGGAUGAUUUCUCCAAGGUAAAUAAACAGAUUAAGUGGCCUGAAAUGGAACUGAGCAUUUCCAAGGCUUACACAUGCUUUACUAUGGUCAACCAAGCAGAGCUAACAUCCUUGGCUGUUGCCUCCCCUUGAACACUCUGGGGAGGAGAGACAUGUGGCAGGCAGGUACUCAGCUGAAUUCUGGAGCAGACUAUAAAUCAGUAAAAGGAGAAAACUAAUGGGACCAAAUGUGCACAGACACUCACAGAGAUUAGCGAUGGACAGAUGGUAUAGACGGAAAAGGAUAGCCCCUGUCUGCUGGAGAGCAUCUUGUCAUUGAUGGCCAGUUUUAAACAGGAAUUCUUAGAGCUGUGAAUGAAGAAUGAGUCAAAUUGUUAUGAGCAAUGUAGCUCAUAGUCAAAUACCAGGACCAUGACUGAAGGAGCAGCACAAUGAGAUCAUUGGUCAUGCAUGAUUCAUUAUUUCUUUCUGAUGGUGUUUCUUUACAUAGCCGAUAAAUGGUUUGCACAUGACUGAUAGGACAGUGUACUGAGCAUUAUCACUAAAAACUAAUUUGUACAAGAGCUUCCCCAAGAGAACAUUUUUGUGUGCCUUUUUGUGUUUCUUCAUCUAAAAUUCUUCAUAAUCCAAAACAGGCUCAUUCCACCUUUUCAUAAGAAAAUUCCCUUGUUUAUCUGAACCAUUAAUAAUACAUUUUCAGUUUUACCUUUGUAUAUUUUGAAGUAAUAUUAUGUGGUUAUCAAAGUAUCUCUGUACUUAGUAUAGAGAAUUCUUCAUGUGCUGAAGUUAUGUUAUUUUGUUAUCAAAGAUAUUGGAAGCAUUUUAAGGGCAACUUCUGGCAUGCAGUGUGUCUUCCCUUUCCCCCAACACAUGACAUCAAGAAGCAGAUCCUCAGCUCCACUGAAGUCACUAGGACUCUGACAAUUUACACAGACUGAGAAUUUCCUGCCUGGAGUUUUUACCACACAGUAGCCAAUGUCUCAAACAAGGCAGGACUGGACUGAUGAAUAAAACCAAAUUGAAAA